AUGUUUGAACAGUUCUUGAUCCCAAUAUGGGUCCACUGUGUCAGGGGGGCAUCUGUCAUUGACUCUAUGUUGUGUUACUAUACUCCCUCCUGGGAAGCUCUCACCUCUGUGACAGAGGCUCUAAAAUGGGGCCAAACACCAGCUGACAGCACCUGGGGCCAUACUAGCAUAUCAGGUCCUCCUGACAAUAGGUGUCAGUAUCUGGAUGUCAGAGAAAUGCAACCAGAGCCCAUUCCUGUAUGGGGUGAUGUAGAUAACCCAUGGGCUCCCUCUGACAAUGGGUGUCAGAGCAGCAGAGGAAAUCAACUCAUCUCUCUUGAUUCCCAAGAAGAGGUGCCUCCUGUGUUUCUGUUUCUGGAGCCCAAACACAACAGUGGACAGUUGCGAGGAGAAGUUUGGCAGGUGUUCUUAGUGUGGUGCCAUGAGGGAAAUAAGAAGAGAGAGGAGAAAAAGACUCCAGCUCAAUGGCAAUCACAUCUGAGCCAUGCAACAUCAGCAGGUAACCAGGAUUACCCUGCCAAGAAGACCAUGGUGUUCAAAUGGCAGCCCCAAGAGGAGUAUGAUGGCUUUCAUCUAUGCAUCUGCAUCAUGAAGAAUGAUAUUCCCUCAGUGUGGAGGGAAUACAGUUCAACUACAAGGAUGUAUGACUCAUUUCAUAAUGAGUGGGACUUGUGUGAUGCAUUAGAUCCCACUAGCAUUCCUGAUGGCGACUGGAAAGAUGAAUUUUUCACUUCUCCCACUCUAUUUGCUCCUCCUGCUCCUCCCACUCUUCCACCGGCACCACCUCAACCUCCAUCACAGGCCAGUUUCUUGCAGGACAUUGAUUAA